AUGGAUGUGUUCAUUGAGCUGUACCAGUUGCACGAAUCUCAUAUUUAUACCACACUAUGCAACUAUGCACAGGACAAUCGACCAAAGACGCCUGGAAAACUGCAAUGCGACGAGAAGCAACACCUGCUGGACAGCGAUUACCAAAGCCAGAGUACCUCCAUCAACAUGAUGGAGGGACUGUCAACACCCACCGUCGAUCCCAUCUUCAACAGGACAAUCGAGAAUCCCACGUCGAAUUUCGAUACCAUGGUGCAUCUACUGAAAGGGAACAUCGGAACCGGUAUUCUGGCGAUGCCAGAUGCCUUCAGGAAUGCGGGAUGGAUUGUAGGCCUCUUCGGAACCAUGGUCAUGGGCAUCGUAUGUACGCACUGUAUGCACAUGCUGGUGAGAUGUUCCCAUGAGUUAGGUAGGAGAACCCAGAAACAGUCUUUGAGUUUUUCCGAUGUGGUGGAAACUGCGUUCCGAACGGGACCUGGAUGUUUACAAAAGUAUUCUGGACUAGCAAAGACUCUGAUAAACAUAUUCCUAUGCAUCACCCAGGUGGGCUUCUGCUGCGUUUACUUCGUCUUUGUAGCAGCCAAUGUCCAUGACGUCGUCAAGCACUACUUCUUCGAUAUCAGCGUACACUGGUACCUGCUGCUGCUGCUGCCGCCGCUCGUCCUGCUCAACUGGGUGAAGAGCCUCAAGUACCUCACGCCGGCCUCGCUGUUCGCCUCCAUCGUCACGUGCAGCGGGCUGGUCAUCACGUUCUUCUACAUGCUGCAAGGGCUACCGAAGAUGUCGACGGUGCGCGGGUUCUCUUCGUGGUCGCAGUUGCCGCUCUACUUCGGAACUGCUAUUUACGCCUUCGAGGGAAUCGGAGUGAUCUUACCUUUGGAGAACAACAUGAAAAAUCCGCAGGAUUUCGGUGGUUGGACUGGCGUUCUCAACACUGGCAUGGUUAUAGUUGCAGUUUUAUACACGGCCGUGGGUUUCUUCGGCUAUCUCAAAUACGGUGAACAGGCAGUCUUGGGGAGUGUUACUCUCUUGUUGCCUGCAGAUGAAUUUUUGGCACAAUCCGUUCGACUGAUGAUGGCCAUCGCGAUUUUCCUCUCCUACAGCCUGCAGUUUUACGUCCCGUUCAACAUCGUGUGGCCCAUCAUCAAAAAUCACUUCAACACGGAAAAAUCCAGAGACAUAGCUGAGUACGUGACCCGAACAGUAUUAGUUUUCAUAACCUUCCUAAUCGCUAUCGCCAUCCCCAACUUGGGGGCCGUCAUAUCUUUGGUCGGCGCCUUCAGCAGUUCCGCUUUGGCUCUGAUUUUCCCGCCGCUGGUGGAGAUCAUCACUUUCUGGCCGGAAAAUUUGGGGAAGAACAAGUGGAUUUUGUGGAAGGACCUCACGAUCAUCUUUAUCGGUUUCGCUGGGUUCGCUAUCGGGUCGUAUACGAGCCUGUUGAAUAUUCUUUACCCGGACGAGUGA